UGGGGUGGCCAUGGGGACCGUGUGACAGGGCUGGCGGAAGCGCCUCUGAGCCCUGCACAGCCGGGGAUGUCUGUGUGGGCCCAGCUGCUUUGCAUGGGCGGCUGUGACACAGCUGCGUCCCCUGCCCCCCCCCGGCUGCUGUGGGAACGCUCCCCACACCCGUGGGUGCCCGUGGCCGAAACCGGGGGUGCAGCGAGGGCUGGGGGACAACGCGGUGACGGCAGCCCCUGUGCCCCCGGCCUCUUCUCCCUCCCAGCCCAAUUCCUCAGCCUCGCAGGCGCCCAGCCCCCCCUGCUGACGCUGGACCCCCCCUGGACGCCCCUGUUCAAGGGGCAGACGGUGACACUGACCUGCGGGACCCCCGACGAGCACGUCCCCAUCGUGUGGAGCAUCAACGGCAGGAGAGUGAGGGACAGAGCCAACCACCUCCAGCUCAACCUGCAGAACACCGGCCGCAGCAGCGUCCAGUGCCAGAGGUCCGGCUCCGAGUUCAGCCUCCGCAUCGAGCUGAGCGUCUCUGACGACUGGGUGGUGCUGCAGGUGCCGGUGCAGCCGGUGCUGGAGGGGGACGCGCUGGCGCUGCGGUGCCGGGGCUGGUGGAACAAGAGGCUGAGCAGCGUGAGCUUCUUCCACAACGGGGUGCUGCUGCCGGGGGGGGGGGGACGAGACGAGCUGCUGCUCGUCCCCGCGCAGCGGCACCACAGCGGCCGCUACCACUGCACGUACAAGAGUUUCCUGAGGACGUACGACUCCAAGCCAAACGAGGUCAUCGUGCACGAGCUCUUCUCAGUGCCGGAGCUGAGCGUGGACGGUCCCCGGGAGCGCCCCGAGGGCAGCGCCCUCACCCUGGCCUGCGUCACCCGUGGCAGCCCCCUGCGGCCCCGCGUCGCCCUGCGGCACCUCUUCUACCGGGACGGGGUGGUGGUGGCGGGGCCCCAGGGGUCCCCCCAGCACCUGCUGCGGGCGCUGGCGCUGCCCGACUCGGGCUCCUACGCCUGCGAGGCGCAGGCAGAGGCGGCCGACGUGCAGAAACGCAGCGCCCCGGUCACCGUCACCGUGAGAAGUGAGCGGGUGGGAGGG